UCUGCUGCUCUACUUGUGAAGCAGACAUGGUUGGUUGUGCAAGCUCUCUUAGCCUUGCGUGGUUUGGAAAAUGAUCAGCAAAUUCAAACGCUGUCAUUAAAUCUGAAUCCCUUAAUAGUUGGAAUUUCUUCAGUAGAUUUGGCUUCUUGAUUGAGGUAAGAUGAAUUUGGAGGAGUACUUUCAAAGGAUAGGCUUUCAUGGCCCUCAUGAUAAAGUGAAUCUUGCAUCUCUAAAGUUGAUCCACAAGCUGCACGUCAUGACGAUCCCUUUUGAAAACCUCAGCAUUCACUGCGGAGAAUGGGUCACCAUGGACCUGGAGGAUAUUUUUAAUAAGCUAGUGAGGAGCAGUCGUGGAGGCUGGUGCCUUGAAAGCAACUACCUGUUUGGAUGGGUGCUGAGAGAAAUGGGCUUCAAAGUCACCAUGUUGGGCUCAAAAGUUUUCAACAGUAUCAUCAAUGAUUUUGGGCCUGGGGAGAAUCAUCUCAUCAACAUGGUUGAAAUUGAUGGGAAGGCUUAUAUAGCUGAUGUAAGCUUUGGAGUGUCGUCUCAGGUCUGGGAGCCACUGGAGCUCAUCUCCGGAAAGGACCAGCCACAGGGAGCAGGGGUGUUUUGUCUUAUCAAUAAAGAGGACAUCUGGAUCCUGGAGAAGACAGGCAGGAAACCAGUGGUUGCUAAUCCAGAAUUUUCCACUUCCAGCCUGGUGAACAAGGUGCAAACAUAUCAGAUCUACUGCUUCACCCUGGAGCCUCGAGAAGCAGAAAAUUUCACAGCAAUAGGCCACAAACUUCAAACAGAUCCAGUCUCUCUGUUCACCAAAAAGUCCAUAUGCUCCCUGCAAACACCUACAGGUUUUAAAGUCCUUGUUGGCCUUAUCUACAGUGUGGUCACCUACAAACCCGAGGAAGGGGUGGAUAUCUUGGACAUGAGAUACAUAACUGAGGAUGGGCUUGAUGAAAUCCUUAAGGAGCAGUUUAAUGUAAGGUUGCAGAGUAAAAUGAAGCCUUCAAACAAAAAGGCUUGCUUUUGCUACACGAUCUAGAAUGUACCAAAUGACUUUUUAAUGUAGCUGUCCAAUGCAUGGAUUGUGCUGAUAUAUAUUUCAGCACAAUCCAUGCAUGUUAUAUAUAUAUGUGUGUUUUGUGUGUGUGUGUGUGUGUGUGUAUACAUAUUUUGCAUUUUAAUCAAACGUUCAUCCUCUGUUUUUAUUCAAAAAUAUUAGCUUAAUGCCUCUAUAUUUCUUUCUGUAAUUGCUGGUAUGCCUCAAAAUCCCUCAAUGUUUGAUCAACUCAAUGCAGUCAUUCUUUUAUAUAUUUAUAUCUAUAUAUAUUUGUGUGUGUGUGUGUGUGUGUCAACGCAGCAAAUUAUAUAAAUUAUGGAGUGUAACGAAAUGUAGUAAAAUAAAAGAAAGAUUUUAAAAAAGAAA